AGCAGUGCAGGUUUGGGUUGGGACGAGGCUGAGAGUGGAUCACAUAGGGGUCGUCAAGUCGCCCGGUCGGUUACCGGGCAACCUCAAGGUGCAAUGGAUGAUGGGACGAGGAAUGACGCGUCGGUUCCGGAGGCUCUGACCCACGGUAGCCAGCCCACCUUCGGUAUAUCUGAUUCAAUAUUUCCGAAAUUGAUUUCAACUCACAAAGACGUUACCCUCAGGUGUGACGGCUUUCUGCCACAAGCUUCAAAUUUGACUCCAUCAUUGAUCAAAAUGGAGUUUACCUGGUCGUACAACAACGGCCGCCCCGUCCCCAACUCUGGCGGCGCCGGCCAGGGUAGCUACGUCAACGAUGGCCACAUCCAACCAGACAAUCUGAACGGCUUUGACGACAUAGCUGGCUUUGGCUACCCCGUCAGCCAGGCUGGAAGUGACCCCAUGGCCAUCGACUUUGAUGAACCUGAGAACAACCACCCUGGCUUCGGCCAUUCAACCAAUCAUCCAGGUGUUAAUCAGCCCAACGACAACAUGAACCAAGCUGGCAUCGACCAGAUGGCUCUUGACUUCGACAUGGACGAACUUGACAGCCAACCUGAUUUCGACAUCGGCGGCCUGGACCUUGCCGAACCUCAAAUCAACCACCCUGACUUCGACUAUGCCCACGCGGGCAAAACCAUCACACAGAUGGUGAAUGAGGAGACCAACGGUGAGUACCAAGGGUACUUCACCUCCCGCCAGCAUCGCAAAGAGCUGGAGCAGCAGUACAUGCAGCAGCAAGCUGCGAGAAUCCUUGCGACCAUCAACCCCGCCUCUCUGGCCGACCUGCCUGGAGACGAGGCCAAGCGCAAGGAGUGGCGUCAAAAGACCACGGAGGCGAUCCGGGAUUUCACCAACGUGGUAAACAGAAACCGAAUCAAAGAAACCAAGGACGCGCAGGGAAACGUCAUCAAACAAGAAGAGAUUGAGAACACGCAUGUCCGCCGCGUUCGAACUCUCUCCUUGUUCGUCACUGAGCUCAUCGCCGACAAGAUCUUGGAGGCGGCAGAGGAAGCCCACCAGGGCAACACCGGAAUUGCUCCGUGGGUCGAGAAAUCUUCAUGGUUUCUCGAAAAGUACCCGACUCUCGACGCCCGCAUGCAGGCGGUUCUUGUCGCGCUCCGGAGGAACAAGAGCGUUCCUCACGCUUACCUCCAGGUCAUCGCGACCAACCGCUUUGUGGCCGUCCCGAAGGCCGAAAUCAAGGAUGAGAACAUGACCUGCAACGGCAAUAGGGGUGAGCUGCUUCGUGAGGGCCUGAAAGCCAGGAAGGGCGAGGGC